AUGUUUUCAGAAAGAUAAGUCAGAGUUACCUUGACUCUACCAAAAUUUCAAGGCAAUCCAAAAUUUGAAUCAGGAGCUCAAACCACUACUUCAAGUUCAAGGAUCAUUUCAAUCACCUCUAGACACUAACCACUUGGAAAUCGAUUUCAUAAACAUGCUAUGACUUCUCUCUCCAAUCCAAAGCAUCCCCAACUCUACACUCCCUAGCAAGAAAGCAAAAGAGCAAAGAGGUUGAAAAAUAUUCCUUAUGAACUCUAAUAUUUCACUGCAAAACUUCCGAAUAAAAAUUUUACCUCUAGUCACUUGAUGUGUAAUGAAUUACUCAAACCUUAAUCUAAUAGUAUUGAAAAUAAGGAUAAAUGGCAGAUUAAAUCUUAUAUUCCCAAAACAAAUAAUGUGUUCAGUUUAUGUAAAUUAAAAAAAAUUGAUUAAUAAGAGAAGAGAAAAGAGAAUUUUUAAGAUUUGUCAUAUUUUAGAAAUCUGAAUAGGAAAGAUAUUGAAAUUGAAAAGAUCAAAAGGUAUAAUAAAUAAAGAUUAGUCACUUAGAAAUUGAUAAGUGAAUUCAUCCGAUAAUUCAAAUCUCAUGCUAAAAUUGAAAAUUUCAGUUUCAAUCUAUGA